UCAAGUCCAUAUGCAAAUCCUGUGUAACUUUGAACUUACAUAAUAAUCAGACUUUAAAUGAUAACCACGGUUUAUCUGGACUGAUAACAUCUAAUAACAAAAUUUGCAAAACAAUCGAGCGGACGUGCCCAGCGUUGCGUAUUCAACUUUUAAAUAUCCGACGUUAAUACAGAUAAUUCUGUGGAAAACAUCAAUUUAAAUUAAACAUUUUCCAGACACGUACAUAAUUUAAUAUUUAGUCACAUUUCAGUAGUCGCGUCGGUCCAUGCAAACAAAACAUGACACCUUCUUAAAUAAUCAACACAACAUAAAAUCCAUAUCUACACCAUAACUAACUGAUCUACUAAAACUCAAGUUAUGUACAUAGAUAAAUACUUAACUAAUCGUCUUCAUAGUAAUUUAAGCCUGAAUUUGAGACUAACUUCAGUAACAAUAAUAACUAUCAUGAGUCGGUAUCAUGUUAACGAGUCAUAGAAAAACAUAAUUAAGCCAUUCCACUACUACACCUACAGUAAACUAUAACUAUACAAAGAACUACUUAUGCCAUAAUAUAACAAUCCUCAGGUAACUAAAUUCUCAACUUAACUCCAGCAACCAAGAUUUAACUAAAACUUAACUUCAGUUAAAUUAUCGUGCAGAAAAAAAACCCAUGUUAAAAAGUUAAAAUUAAUAAAAUACAAAAUCCAUAUAGUUUACUUAUCAGUCUAACUAACUCGCACCAUGACAUCUCCCACAGACAAUCCAGAACCAGCCCCAGAUCCAAAUCCUGCCGGACUGCGAUGUCGCCCAUCCGCCUCGACAGCAGACCCUCCUUCCAUUCACGACAUCGAAAUCGGCCUCUCCACCUCGACCCCCGCAAUUUUCGACCCUCUUCACCUCAUCUCCUUGAAACAAGCCCCCACCGAGAUAUCAAAACAGGUCAAAAAGGUCCAAAAGUUCUACACGGCACAAAACGCCCUUAUCGACAUGUUAACAGCCCCGUUGGAGGAUGAAUCCUCUUCCGCAGACAUGGAAAUCAGCUCCCGGAGGAAACAAGACAUCGCGAUUUACGGAUCUCUCCUCGCCAACGUUCUCUUAGCAUCUCUUCAACUUAUUGCGGCCCUUUAUUCCGGAUCACUCGCGAUUUUCGCCACGAUGGCGGACGCUUUCAUGGAUUUGUUAUCCGGUGGAAUUAUUCUAGCGGCGAAUCGUAUGUCCAAAUCGUCUUCCGAGAUGCGAUACCCGACCGGAAAGUCGAGAUUUGAAACGGUCGGGAUUAUCAUUUUUGGGACGCUUAUGUCUACCGUGUCACUCCAAAUUAUUAUUAAUUCCGUGUCAAGGAUCAUUUCGGAUAAUGAGAAACCGGAUUUAGGCGUGGUGUCGAUUUCACUGAUUGGGACGGCAAUUUUAAUCAAAUUCUGCUUAUUUUUGUACUGUCGACUCAUCCCGGAACAAAGUGUGCAAGUCCUCGCACAAGACCACCGGAACGACAUUCUCCUCAACGGCGUCGGAGUGUGCAUGGGGAUCCUCGCCGAUAAACUGGACACACCCGUUCUCGACCCCGUUGGUGCUAUUUUCGUCGCCCUUGUCAUGUUUCGAUCCUGGACGAAAACUAUUUUGGACCAGGGUCAACUGAUCUCGGGGAAAGCGGCGGGUCCCAAUUUCCUCAAGAGAGUGACCUACCUCGCCAUGACGCAUGAUGACCGGAUCAUCCACGUAGAGUCGGCCAGAGCUUAUCAUGCCGGAGCGAAAAUCAUCGUCGAAGUGGACAUCGUCCUCCCACCGGACAUGACGCUGCAGGUCGCGCACGAUUUAGGGGAAGAUUUGCAAGGAAAGUUGGAAUCCAUCGGGGUCGUGGAGCGUGCCUUCGUCCACUGCGAUUACAAUUACACCCACGAACCGGAACAUCAACGAAAAAAGGAAUUGAUGAGUCGCAACAGCACCAGUGAAGUGAGAAUGAGAAUUGUGAUGAUGACCUAAUUUUGAGAGAGAAAGUAUGAGAGACGAUUUAAUUUUUUGAUGAAAAUUUCCAUGAUGUGUAUCAGAGCUGAAUGAAUGUAGUAUUAUUUAAUGUGUAUGAAUGUAGCAAGUUAAAAUGAAAUCAACUCAAUCAGUAUAUUAACUUUUGAAUAUUUUUUAGCCAGUAUUUUAAACAUUUGUUAGUGAAUUACAUAUGCAAUAUUUUAGAAAAUUAAAAAAAAUAGUGAAUUCAAAGUCAAUUUAAAAAUGGAUUAUUGCAAUAAAUGUUUAAAUUUUUCGACGUAUGAAAUGUGCAAUUCGCAAAUAAUUAUUCCUAAAUACACAGUUCUGAACUUUUGAACAAACCGAUUAUUAUGACUUUGAUUAUACAAUUUUACGUCAAAAGAGGUCUGCCUAAAAUCUACAGAUAUUUAUAUACAUAUUUGUAUACCUUGCUUUCGUAGUAAAAACCCCACAAAUGAAAAAAAUUGCAUGAAAAUGCAAUGAAAAAAUCGUAUCAACUAUCUGUACAUUCAUUGUCUUUAAAAAAAUCUCAAUUUUGGAGGGUUGCUCUAAAAACUAUCUAUUUAACUAUUUAUAACUAUAUAUUUUUAGUUUCGCUUCCUUUAUCCGGUUGUACAUUUUUUGGUUGUCCAGGGAAAACAUUCUCAACACUUGUUCUGAAAACAAUUCCGUCUGACGAAUAAAAAACGCUAAUCUAAUCGUCUCUA